AUGGGCGCCGCCGUGUUCGUCGGGUGCGCCGCCAUCGCCUUCGGCCCCGCGGCCGCGCUGCUGCUGCUCACGGUGGCGGCCGAGCCGCUGCGGGUCAUCGUGCUGGUGGCGGGGGCGUUUCUGUGGCUGCUGUCUCUGCUCGCCGCCUCGCUGCUCUGGGCCGUGUGGGUGCGGCUGAGCGGGCGGGAGGACGCGGCGCUGCUGCUGCUGCCCGGGGCCGCCGGCGCCGUCCUGCUGCAGGAGCUGUGCCGCUUCGCCUGCUUCAAAAUGCUCAAGAAGGCGGAUGAGGGGCUGGCGAUGCUGAGCGAGGAUGGGCGGUCCCCGAUCUCCCUGCGGCAGAUGGCCUACGUGUCUGGGCUCUCCUUUGGCAUCAUCAGCGGCGUCUUCUCCGUCAUCAACAUCCUGGUGGAGUCGGCGGGGCCGGGCACGGUGGGGAUCCACGGGGACUCCCCGUACUACUUCAUCACCUCUGCCUUCCUCACCAUGGCCCUGGUGCUGCUCCACACCUUCUGGGGCAUCAUCUUCUUCGACGCCUGCGAGCGGCGCCGCGCCAGGGGCCUGGGGCUGGUGGUGGGCGGCCACCUGCUCGUCUCGGGGCUGACCUUCCUGAACCCCUGGUACGAGGCCAGCCUGGGGCCCAUCCUCAUCCUCACGCUCUGCACCGGCCUCUGGGCCUUCGGCACCGCCGGCGGCUCCUUCCACAACGUCCUCAAGUGCCUCUCCUGUAAGCAGGAGCCCGAGGGCCGGGUGAUGCUCUACUCAGCACUGCAGGUGCCCCCUGAGGAGUGAGCAGAGCUGGACACUCCACCACCGCCUUCACCCC